UUGAUGAUAAAGGCAAGAAGCAUCUGUAAAAUCAAUGUUUUAGUUGUUGAAUGGCUGCAUUCCAGCCUUGCGCGCUCCUGCAAACCAUUGCUGUGGCUUUUCACAUUAGUGUUUUGUAUGAGUGCAUAUAUUUUUGCAUUUUAUUUGAGUAUAUAAUUUCUAUGUCGAUUAAAUUGUGGUUUUAUCUAUAGACAUUGUUCGAAGCCAAUUUAUAGAAAUCUAGAAAAUUAAUGAGCAAGCCUUAGGUGCUAGUGGUAAAAAAGGAUUAAGAUGGCAUGAAGAAAAAAACCUGUACUAGAUGACAGAGGGAUUUUAAACAUUACAAAAAAGAGCCAUGUAGAAAAGAGACAAAUGUCUGGUAUGAUUGAAUAUGAAUAAGAGUCCUGAGAUAUGGGAUAUGUUAAGGGAACUUCAGGAAUUAAACAGUACAGUAAGUACUCUAAGUACAGUAUCUAGGUAAGAAAUCCACUGAAGCAGGAAGGUAAGUCCUUUGAGCUAUAUUUGUUCUGCUCAUGAAAGGGAAAUAAUAGUUUUUGCUUUUUGCUAACAAAGACUACCAAGUGGUAAUUCUGUCACACAUUUUCUUUUUCUAUUAGUUGCUGUUUUUUAAAAGGAAUCUGCAGAAUUGCCUACCUGAAGUCCUCUUUGUGUCUAGGUUGACUAACAUUUUGAUUAAUAACUUUAAUAAAAUCCUAACUUAAUGUUUGAGACUCUGAUACUUUCUGGGACUUGUCUUUGGCUGGUAUUGCUCAUUGGGCUUCAUGAUGGUGUUUGUUUAGGUAUAUUCUCAAAAGGAAAAACUUUUGGGCAUUCCAAAAACAGAUAUCAAGUGCAUUCAGAAAGAAUUCAGACCCCCUUCACUUUUUUAAAUUUUAUGUUGCAAUGUGAUAAUACAAUUGUUCAAUUUUUUUUUUAUUAAUCUAUAUCCAGUACCACAAAAUGAAAACAAAAUUCUAGGAAUGUUUGAGAAUAUAUGAAAAAGGAAAAUCUGAAAUAUCAUAUGUACUUGAGUAUUCAGACCCUCUGCAAAAUACUUGAAAUUUAGCUCAAGUGCAUUCCAUUUCUCUUGAUAGUUACUGAGCUGUUUCUACACAUUGAUUGGAGUCAGUCUUACAGCUGACAAUGCAUAUCAGAGCAAAAACCAAGCCACAAGGUCAAAGGAACUGCCUGCAGAGCUCAGAGACAAGAUUACCGGGGAAGGCUACAAAAGAAAUUCUGCCACACUGAAGAUUUGCAUGAGCACAUCCUCCAUAAUUAUGUAUUAGUCUGCACCCUUAGCUUUUCUUAGCUACAUGACCAACCACUUAAAGUCAAAGUUUCCGAGAAUGUAUUUCAUACAGUGAAAAUUAAAUGAAGCUCUGACCUGUAUAUGCAAAUGGAUAUUGCUGCAUAAUUGCUGACUGGAUAAUUGCAUGAAUGAACAAGUGCUGGAGGGCUAGAUAAAUACAGUGAAAAUUGUAUGUACAAAAUAAUUUGCAGAAACAUAUAUGUAAUAAAAUACAAAGUAUUAUGAAUAGCUAUUUCUCAAGAAUUAAUUUUCUUCAACCAUCAAAAGAGCAUAAUUUGCUCAGGUCACUCCUUGGUUUUAUAUAUAUAUAUUAUAUUUUCCUUGGUUUUAAAUAUAUUUUAUUACACAUUUUCUCAAGCAUUUCUUAAUUAUAAGUGACACAUAGUUUUGCUGCUAGCUGUGUCUUAUACCUCUGACUUGUAACUACACAAGGGGGCUUCAGGAAGGUUACUGUAAAUCUGUUGAUUCCAGCUGACAGCCAUAAUUACCUUAUCAUUGUAUUUACGUUACCUAAAUAAAGUUACUUGCAGUCAUAAAUUAACCUUUAGGAACUUCAUAAAUAUGUUUCAUGCUUACAAUAAUUUUGGUGUUCCUGUGUGUUCAUGAAGGUUCUCUCACUCUCUGAUUAUGGGGCCAUCUGGAAUGCACCCUACAGGAAUCCCACACCCUGCUAUAGUUCCCUCUUCAGGCAGGCAAGAGCAGUUUGACAUCAAGCCACAUCCAGAGUCAAAGAGGGAUAGAGAGUCUAAGAAGCCAGUCAUCAAAAAGCCUCUGAAUGCUUUUAUGCUCUACAUGAAGGAGAUGAGGGCAAAAGUCAUUGCAGAAUGCACCUUGAAGGAGAGUGCAGCUAUCAACCAAAUACUGGGCCGUAGGAAACAUAACUGUGUCGGCUGAUACCAGACCAGGACU